UCCCUCUAGUCACAGUCGCAAUGGGUCCGGUCCAGCUUCUUGGUCUGUGGUCAGCUUCAUCAGAGAGAGCAUCUCUGUAGCAACCAUCCUCAGCUGGAAAAAAAUGCAUUGAUUUAUUUUAGAAAGCGAAAUUGAACAUUGUGAUCCUGUAUUUAUAAACAAAGCUUGUUUGGUCGUGGGCGUCUGUAUUCGAGGGAGCGAAUCUAGCAGUUGCCUGAGAUAGAGCCCUGACCCCUGCCACUCUCUCCUCUGUUUACCGGAACGUUCCACUCCGCUCCUGGCCACGGAACAGCCCUUUUCCAACUGCCCUGCCAGAAGAAGACGCUGAGAAAAGCAACAGUUUCAGAGUUUGAGCUGGAUUCAAUGAGGGAGACAGAGCGGGAGGAGCAGCCUGAAGACGCCAACAUGCCUCCGAAGUUCAAACGACACCUCAAUGAUGAAGAGGUCACGGGAUCCAUACGCAGCGAGAGGAGGAACCUGCUGGAGGAAGACUCUGAUGAAGAGGAGGACUUCUUCCUGAGGGGACCAACUGGACCCAGAUUUGGAGCUGGAAGUGACAAAAUCAGACAAGUGCAGUCGCAGGUUGAUGAGGUCAUCGAUGUGAUGCAGGAGAACAUCUCCAAGGUGAUCGACAGGGGAGAGAGACUGGAGGACCUGCAGGACAAGUCAGAGAGCCUAUCAGACAACGCGUCAGCCUUUAGCAGCCGAGCCAAGCAGCUGCACAGGAGGAUGUGGUGGAGAGAUAUGAAGAUGAAGGCCAUCAUAGCUCUGGUGGUGGUCGUUCUGCUGCUUAUCAUCAUCAUUCCAGUGAUAUUGCGAUAUCGCUAGUGUCUCACCAGGAGGAGGAAGAAUAUCUCCUUCUCCUCCUCUUCCUCCCAUUCUCCUGCACACAGUCCUCCUCACCAGCUAGGGGGCACCACCCAACCUCCCAGACCCCUGCUGUGCCAGCCUGUGUGGCUCUGGGUAGAAGUUGACCUUAACUACAGAUCUAGGAUCAGCUCACUCUCUCCCAAUGCUAACCUUUACUGUUAGGAUGGAAAACACAAAACUGACCUAAGAUCAGUGUCUACUAGGGACCACUUCAUCCUACUCUGUGAGUCCGGGCCAAGGGUGACACAGGUUGCAUUACGUUGGCAUUACGUAGGGGUUGGGUUUGCAUCCCAAAUGACACCUUAUUUAGGGAAUAGGGUUUCAUUUGAGAUGCUGCCUGUGUCUCAGCCCCCUUAUCAAACUUAAGGAGAACUCCAUUCAGUACAUAAUACAUAUCAGCUAGUCCAGUGGUCACCAACCUUUUCUGAGUCAAGAUCACUUUUGCAGUCAAAAAGCAAGCUGAGAUCUACCACUCAGAUUCUUUUAAACUUUACUUAAAAAUUUUAACAUUAACCUAACAGUUCUGUAGGAAUGAGGUUUGUGCAGUAGGCCUAAUACAUUAUCACAGCAUAUUGGCUAUAUGCCUGGCCUGCCA